AAACGAAGAUGAGGGCCCAACUCAUAUCACCUGUGGGUGUUUCUUGCAGCCGUUUUUGGCUCGAGAGAGAGACUGCACUCAUUUAGAGCGAUCCUUCUGAGGGUAUGGCUGGAACCGGCGAGUGCGAGUCCCAUGACGAGGAGGAGAUGGAGGUGGCCCAGGCUUGGCUGCAGGCUUCACGCAUGCGCCUGGAGGCCGCGCAGCUGAAGGACACCCUGCGCGAGGCCCAGGACCGGAACCUGCGCCUGCGGGCCCAGCUGGAGGCGUCCAAAAUCAAAGCAGCGGAGGCAGAGCAGAACCGGGCGCGUGCGGAAGAGCUGAACCAGAAGCUGGCAGCAGCGCAAAAUCACCUGGUGUUCAUGAACCACCAGACUCAGAAGGUGAAGCGCGACACCUUAGAGGCCCACCGCGCCGAGGAUCCCACGACCGCCCGGCUCCGCGGGGAAGUCCGGCGCCUGGGCCAACGCAACGCCGCGCUCUGCGCGGCGCGAGAUCGCCUGGCGGCUCAGCUCGAGCUGGAGGAGGGCACAUCCGAGGCUGAGGAGGCGACAGUCUCAGCGAGCGUGGAUCCCAAGCGAGAGCAGCUGCCGCACCUCCUCGCAGCCAUCCAAGGCCUGGAGCAAGAGACCGGGAAGCUGAAGGAAGCGCGGGCCAGCGCCGAAGAGCGGUCCCGGCAGGCCAUAGCACGCGAGACGAAGCUUCGGAACCAGCUGGCUGCGAGUGACAGGAAGCUCGAAACUGCGCUGGCGGAGCGACAGGCGGAGCAUGCCUCUCGCACCGAGCGCUUGCAAGAGCAGCUGCGGGAGCGCUACGAGGCGAUCGAUGCUUGUCAGAAAGAUGCUGACAGAGUCAUGCUCGAACUAGAGGAAUGGCAAAAGGAGUGCGAUGUGAAGGAUGCGGAGAUCAAGGAGCUCAACGGCCACUUGGAAAAGGUCCAGCGCAGUGAGCGGCAGAGCAAGAUUGUCGUGGUGCAAUUGCGCUCCGAGAAGGAAAGGCUCUCAACGGUUCUGCUGGAAGUCGAGAGGGACCAGCAGACAGCUCUGGCGGAAGCUGAAAGGUUGCGCUGGUUUGCUCUCUUGACUACAGUGGCCUCAGUAGUUGUCUUCGCUUGUGCCGGGCUCCGCAUGUGGGAAGCCGAAGGAAAGCCAUGGAAUUGGACGCCAGCAGAUAGGCGCCGUCCUUCUGAGCUUUGAGCUGAGUCGGAUCGGCGAAUUGCUGCGGGAGGUCUUGUCUGAAAGGAAUUGCUUCCCAUUUUGUGAGCUUCGGCGCAGCGUUGAAUCGCAUCGGCAACCUGGCGCCAUUGUUGGAGUUC